AUGGCCACCUGGGAUGACUCUGAAUCUGAUGCCUCAGAAUCAUACUCUGAAGAAGAACAUGCAAAUGUGGAAUUCAUGGCUACCACAUUUGGAAGCUCAUCAGAAAGAGAAUCUGAUCCUAAAGAGGUAUUUUAUGAUCUUUCUCGCUCUGACCUUGAAUCUUGCUUAUCUGAAUCUCUAAGCUCAUAUCAGAAGCUUCGACAAAAGUUCAAGGCUUUAAAGAAAGUCCUUGAAGGAACUGUUGAAGAAUGUGAUAAGCAUGAGAUGGAAGUUUCUGAAUUAAAAAGAGAAGCUGCAGAGAGGUUACAGGACCGUCUGGCCAGGGAGGCAGAAGAAAAUGCUCGUAGAGAAGCUGAGGAAAAGGCUCAUCUGGAAGAAGAAGAAGAGAGAGCAAGAGAAUCUGUAGAUAAGGCUUCCGCUGAGGCUACUGCUGCUGCUAAAACUGAAGCCAAAACCAAGGCUGACCCUGAAGAAGCAGCACACUUUGUUGCGGAAGAAGCUACCAAGGCUAGGGACGCUGCUCUGACUCAGGGGGAGAAAUCUUGUGAAGACAUGACUUCUUAA